UAUAAACAGCAAUUAUAGGCCCUCCUCUCAACAUUCCCAUUUUCUCAAAUUCUCUCUCUUUCUCUCUCCCCCCACAAAUGGCCUCAAAACAUAUAACCCUGGUUCCAUUUGCAUCCAUUUUAGUGCUUAUGUUGAUUGGAUUGGCACGCUGCGAUGUGAAUCAAGACAAAGCCGAAUGUGCAGACCAGUUGGUGGCUCUGGCCACAUGUCUUCCAUACGUUGGUGGCGAUGCCAAAACCCCCACCGUCGACUGUUGCUCCGGCCUCAAGCAACUCCUUGAUAAGAGCAAGAAAUGCCUUUGCCUCCUUAUAAAAGACAAAGAUGAUCCCUCCCUUGGCCUCAAGAUUAAUGGCACUCUCGCUGCUACCCUCCCUUCUGCCUGCCACUCUCCUGCUAAUGUCUCUGAUUGCAUCUCUUUGCUUCAUUUAGCUCCCAAUUCAUCAGAUGCAAAGAUGUUCCAGGGGUUUGCAAAUCUGACACAAGGCACUCCUGUAACCGCCGGGAACUCCACCGCUGGAUCAAGUUCAGCUCCAGAAAAGAGAUGGCCAAAAAUAGAGAUGGCUUUGGGGAUUUUAGUAUCCAUUUUCUUUGCUUAACACAUGUAAUUUUCAAUGUAUGAUAGCUAUGAUUAACAGAUUUCGUGUCGAAGAUGUUAAGUUUUUUUUUUUUUUUCAUUUUACUUAAAACAUUUUGAGGUGAUGAUGUCUUUUGCUUUAAUGUUGAGAUUUGUGACAUCUCUAUCUUAUCUAUCAUAUUAAAAUGUUUGUUGGGAUUA